AUGGACGCUGGCAGCACGUCUAUUGGAUCAGGGGCGAUCGAUAACGGAAGGAGAGAUGGGUGGAAUGGGAGAGAUGGGUGGAAUGGGAGAGAUGGGUGGAAUGGGAGCGAUGGGUGGAAUGGGAGAGAUGGGUGGAAUGGGAGCGAUGGGUGGAAUGGGAGAGAUGGGUGGAAUGGGAGCGAUGGGUGGAAUGGGAGAGAUGGGUGGAAUGGGAGAGAUGGGUGGAAUGGGAGAGAUGGGUGGAAUGGGAGAGAUGGGUGGAAUGGGAGAGAUGGGUGGAAUGGGAGCGAUGGGUGGAAUGGGAGAGAUGGGUGGAAUGGGAGCGAUGAGUGGAAUGGGAGAGAUGGGUGGAAUGGGAGAGAUGGGUGGAAUGGGAGCGAUGGGUGGAAUGGGAGAGAUGGGUGGAAUGGGAGAGAUGGGUGGAAUGGGAGCGAUGGGUGGAAUGGGAGAGAUGGGUGGAAUGGGAGAGAUGGGUGGAAUGGGAGAGAUGGGUGGAAUGGGAGAGAUGGGUGGAAUGGGAGAGAUGGGUGGAAUGAGAGCGAUGGGUGGAAUGGGAGCGAUGGGUGGAAUGGGAGAGAUGGGUGGAAUGGGAGAGAUGGGUGGAAUGGGAGCGAUGGGUGGAAUGGGAGAGAUGGGUGGAAUGGGAGCGAUGGGUGGAAUGGGAGCGAUGGGUGGAAUGGGAGAGAUGGGUGGAAUGGGAGCGAUGGGUGGAAUGGGAGCGAUGGGUGGAAUGGGAGAGAUGGGUGGAAUGGGAGAGAUGGGUGGAAUGGGAGCGAUGGGUGGAAUGGGAGAGAUGGGUGGAAUGGGAGAGAUGGGUGGAAUGGGAGAGAUGGGUGGAAUGGGAGAGAUGGGUGGAAUGGGAGAGAUGGGUGGAAUGGGAGAGAUGGGUGGGAUGGGAGAGAUGGGAGGGAUGGGUGGGAUGGGUGGAAUGGGUGGGAUGGGCGGGAUGGGCGGGAUGGGCGGGAUGGGCGGGAUGGGCGGGAUGGGUGGGAUGGGUGGGAUGGGUGGGAUGGGUGGGAUGGGUGGGAUGGGUGGGAUGGGUGGGAUGGGUGGGAUGGGCGGGAUGGGCGGGAUGGGCGGGAUGGGCGGGAUGGGUGGGAUGGGUGGGAUGGGUGGGAUGGGUGGGAUGGGUGGGAUGGGAGAGAUGGGUGGAAUGGGAGAGAUGGGUGGAAUGGGAGCGAUGGGUGGAAUGGGAGAGAUGGGUGGAAUGGGAGAGAUGGGUGGAAUGGGAGAGAUGGGUGGAAUGGGAGAGAUGGGUGGAAUGGGAGAGAUGGGUGGAAUGGGAGAGAUGGGUGGAAUGGGAGAGAUGGGUGGAAUGGGAGAGAUGGGUGGAAUGGGAGCGAUGGGUGGAAUGGGAGAGAUGGGUGGAAUGGGAGAGAUGGGUGGAAUGGGAGCGAUGGGUGGAAUGGGAGAGAUGGGUGGAAUGGGAGAGAUGGGCGGGAUGGGAGCGAUGGGUGGAAUGGGAGAGAUGGGUGGGAUGGGUGGGAUGGGUGGGAUGGGUGGGAUGGGUGGGAUGGGUGGGAUGGGUGGGAUGGGCGGGAUGGGCGGGAUGGGCGGGAUGGGCGGGAUGGGCGGGAUGGGUGGGAUGGGUGGGAUGGGUGGGAUGGGUGGGAUGGGUGGGAUGGGAGAGAUGGGUGGAAUGGGAGAGAUGGGUGGAAUGGGAGCGAUGGGUGGAAUGGGAGAGAUGGGUGGAAUGGGAGGGAUGGGUGGAAUGGGAGAGAUGGGUGGAAUGGGAGAGAUGGGUGGAAUGGGAGAGAUGGGUGGAAUGGGAGAGAUGGGUGGAAUGGGAGAGAUGGGUGGAAUGGGAGAGAUGGGUGGAAUGGGAGAGAUGGGUGGAAUGGGAGAGAUGGGUGGAAUCGGAGCGAUGGGUGGAAUGGGAGAGAUGGGUGGAAUGGGAGAGAUGGGUGGAAUGGGAGCGAUGGGUGGAAUGGGAGAGAUGGGUGGAAUGGGAGAGAUGGGCGGGAUGGGAGCGAUGGGUGGAAUGGGAGAGAUGGGUGGGAUGGGUGGGAUGGGUGGGAUGGGUGGGAUGGGUGGGAUGGGUGGGAUGGGUGGGAUGGGCGGGAUGGGCGGGAUGGGCGGGAUGGGCGGGAUGGGCGGGAUGGGUGGGAUGGGUGGGAUGGGUGGGAUGGGUGGGAUGGGAGAGAUGGGUGGAAUGGGAGAGAUGGGUGGAAUGGGAGCGAUGGGUGGAAUGGGAGAGAUGGGUGGAAUGGGAGAGAUGGGUGGAAUGGGAGCGAUGGGUGCACAUUUUAA